AUGGCCAUCGAGGGAGGGGAAAUCGCCAUCAUUGGCUCGGGAUGCCGUUUCCCUGGUGGAUCUACCUCCCCGGACGAGCUUUGGGCACUUUUGAGCGAGCCAAGGCAUGUUGCUAGUGAGGUGCCGUCGUUGAAAGGAUUCCACCACAAGAACUCUCAGUAUCAUGGCCACGCAAACGUCCGUGAAGCAUAUCUCCUGGAGGGAGAAGGAGUACAUCGACGGUUUGAUGCCGCGUUCUUUGGCAUCAGUCCCACCGAGGCUAACAAUUUGGACCCACAAACUCGUUUGCUCCUCGAGGUGGUGUACGAGGCACUCGAGGAUGGUGGCCAGGUCAUCGAUCAACUGCGGGGAUCCGAUACGGCUGUGUAUGCUGGUCAGAUGGUCAAUGACUACGAGCUCCUGAUGUACCGGGAUCACGAGAAUUACGGCAAAUACCACGCAACGGGCGCGUCAAGGGCAAUGCUAUCUAACAGAAUCUCCUAUUUCUUCGACUGGCACGGCCCAUCAAUGACUAUCGACACAGCAUGUAGUUCCAGCCUAGUCGCCCUCCAUCAUGCUGUUCAGCAGCUGCGAUCUGGUUACUCGCGGGUGGCUAUUGUGGCAGGGUCGAAUUUGAUUUACGACGCGGGUACUUUUAUUGCUGAAUCAAAUCUUCAGAUGUUGUCGCCUGAAGGUCGAUCUCGCAUGUGGGAUGCUGAUGCGGACGGUUACGCUCGUGGAGAAGGUGUUGCGGCAAUAGUUCUUAAGACACGGCAGGCAGCUGAGGCCGAUGGUGAUCAUAUUGACUGUAUUAUUCGAGAGACUGCAGUUAAUCAAGAUGGCAGGACCAGAGGUCAGACAAUGCCAAGUGCAUCUGCUCAAGCACAACUCAUCAGGGACUGUUAUGCGCGUGCAGGACUGGAUUUAAACAAUCCCGCGGAUCGCCCGCAGCUUUUCGAGGCUCACGGUACAGGCACACCGGCUGGUGACCCUAUUGAGGCUGAAGCCGUCAGCUCGGCGUUAUUUCCCAAUGGACAGGACGCUGGGUCCCUUGGGCCACUUUUUGUUGGAAGUUGCAAGACCGUCAUCGGCCACACGGAGGGGACAGCAGGAAUAGCCGGAAUUAUGAAAGCAUCACUGGCGCUUCAGAACGCUACUGUUCCACCGAACCUCCACUUCAAGCGUCUGAAUCCAGACGUACGACCCUUUUACGACAAUCUCUGUAUUCCGACGGGCGUAAAGAAGCCAUGGCCAGCCAUUGCUCACACAGGCGCCCGCCGUGCAAGCGUGAACAGCUUUGGCUUCGGCGGUACAAAUGCGCACGCCAUACUAGAGAGCUACACACCACCGAUAGGGUCCACGCGAGUUGACCAAGUCAACGUGCCGCCGUGCAUUCCGUUUGUCUUCUCCGCAGCCUCCGAGUCGUCGUUGAAGGAAUACCUCGAAAAUCUCUGUCGCUAUCUUAGCAAAGGGAGUAUCACGGCAUCUGGCCUCCAUGAUAUUGCUUCAUCUAUGGCCUCAAGACGUGGGCGACUUCCAGUGGCUGUAGCCAUCAGCGCGUCGACUCAGGAUGAGCUUAGGGGGAAAAUACAGAAAAGGCUCGAGACCUCGAGGACCGAACCGGAGCAGCGCGUUGGCAUCAGGUCAACGCGUCGAGACACAGCCACACGCGCAAGCCAACCACGGAUUCUAGGGGUGUUCACAGGGCAGGGAGCACAGUGGCCUCAAAUGGGACUGGAAAUAAUUGCCACAUUCCCAGCGGCCAGAAAUAUCAUAGACGUGCUACAAAAGCGCCUCGAGAAACUUCCAGUCGCCGAUCGUCCGACAUGGUCACUUUUGGAAGAGAUACAGAAGGACGCCUCCUCGACCUCCAUCAUGUCGGCUGCCAUAUCUCAGCCGGUCUGCACCGCUGUUCAGAUACUACAGGUCGAUUUCCUACGCGCUGCUGGCAUCGACUUCUCUGCAGUUGUUGGUCACUCAUCUGGGGAAAUGGCAGCAGCCUAUGCGGCCGGUUUGCUGUCUGCGGAAGAUGCAUUCUCUAUCGCGUAUUACCGUGGUCUACACUCGGGCUCGCCUCAGGGCACUCUGGGUCAGAAGCUUGGUAUGAUGGCUGUUGGCACGUCCGCAGAUGAUGCUGAAGACCUGCUGGGGUUCCCUGAAUUCACGGGAAGGGUCUGGAUAGCCGCUAUCAACUCCAAAGACAGCGUCACGAUCUCUGGAGACUUAGAUGCUCUUCAUGAAAUGGAGAUCGUCUUUGGGGAUGAGGGAAAGUUUGCGAGGAUCCUCAAAGUCGACAGGGCCUACCACUCUCCACACAUGAGAGCUUCCUCUGCCAAGUACCUCCACUCCCUCCAAUCAAUAGGAGUCCAGGUGGGCGCUGGCAAUCAAGUUCGCUGGUUUUCAAGUGUUUCGGGGUCAGAAUCAGGCAAGGCUGAACUGCUAAGAGACCACUACUGGGAACACAACAUGACAAAGCCCGUGCUUUUCAUGCAAGCCAUAAAUCAGGCCUGCAUCGCUAUGGACACGUUAGACCUGGUCGUUGAGUUGGGCCCUCAUCCUGCACUGAAAGGACCCGCCCUCGACACCAUUCAGGAUCGACUAUCAAGCACAGUUCCAUAUACCGGGGUAUUCUGUCGUGGUGUAUCCAGCAUUGUGUCCUUUGCUGAUAGCCUUGGCUAUGCCUGGGUGCAUCUUGGCAAGGGUAAUGUCGAUUUGCAGAGCUAUGAGAAAUUUGUCUCUGGCAGGGAAAGAUCUACGCCAGUAAAAGGCCUUCCGACCUACGCGUGGGAUCAUCAAGGCGAGUACUGGCACGAAUCGAGGUAUGCCAGGUCUAUUCGCCUCCGCGCAGACCCAGUCAAUCAGUUACUGGGGCAUUUGACACCCGACAGUACGGAGCAUGACAUGCGAUGGCGGCAUAUGCUCCGGCCAUCGGAGAUUCCGUGGCUUUCGGGCCAUAAGCUACAAGGUGGCAUUGUCUUUCCAGCUGCGGGUUACGUCGUCAGUGUGUUGGAAGCUGUUCGAAUACUCUGCAAUAAGUCUCCUGUCAAGACUAUUGAAAUAUUGGAACUUGACAUCGUCUCAGCGCUCGUAUUUGAGCAUGAACAUUCGACCAAUGAGAUAAUCAUGUCCCUCACGAAUAUCUUGAGACCAAACAAGGGAAUAAUCGAGGCCGAGUUCAAAUAUCACGCUGCACCGGCAAUGGGCUUCGACGAACUUAGACUCAAAGCCAGCGGACACUUGCAUGUUCAUUUGGGCGAGCCGGAUGAGGUUGCGUUUCCUACACGACUCCCCAAACUCUCCAGGAUGCUGCCUGUGCCAAAAGACAGAUUCUAUGAAUCAAUGUCCGAGAUCGGGUACCAUUAUAGUGGCCCCUUCAGAGCACUUGAGAGGAUAGAGAGGAAAUUAGGAGCAGCCACUGGCUUCAUCUUAACACCUGACCCCUCGAGUCUCGUUAUCCAUCCGGCGGUCCUGGAUGCUGCGUUUCACUCCGCCUUCCUAACCUACGCUUCUCCGGGUGAUGGAGCGCUAAGUUCCAUGCAUAUUCCAAGAAGGAUUCGCCGGCUUGUCAUAAACCACAGCCUCUGCAUGAAGGAGAGUGAAGGUCGUUUGGCCUUCGAAGCCGCCCACACCUUCGCACUGCCUCACACUAAUAUUACUUGCGAUAUCAAUGUUUACCCAGGAAAUCUUGAUCAUGCAAUGGUCCAAAUCGAAGAGUUGGAGUGCGUACCAUUUUCACCCAAAACAGCCGAUGAUGAUCAGUCACCAUAUUACCACCUCGCAUGGGGCGUUGCCGAGCCGAGUGUCGAACUCGUCGCGGAGCACAAUUUCAGCUCGGAGAGUGACCAGAUAUUUGUUCUCGAGAGGAUCGCCGAGCACUAUUUGCGCCGGCUUGGGCACGAGAUACCCUCUGAUCAUCCAGCCAGGGUUGAUGAGCGCUACAAGAUUCUCUUCCAACACGCAUCUGCAUUAACAACAGGAAGCAUCCCCCAGUUAACGGAAGACACACUCGAGAGCGUUUCAGGGGUACACCAGCCUUUUCCAGCUCUGAACGAGUUCAAGUUUUUCUCUAUCCUAGGGGAGAACCUGGUUGAUAUUGUCAAAGGCGAUCAGUCAGCAUUAGAACUCGCAAGUGAGUCCAACCUUUUGGACAAGCACGCCACACUCUUCUCAGCGGCAACCUUGACGACACAUCUUUCUCAGACCAUAAGACAGAUUGUGCACAGAUACCCUCGUAUGCAUAUUCUCCAGCUUUCCUCAGGGACGAGGGCCCCAACAAAUGCCAUACUGGACGAGAUUGGCUCAAGUUUCUCGUCAUACACUGUCGCCUCUCACGCGUCUCACUUGAGUGUCCCAGAAUUGGAUGCAACUUGCCUUCAUGACCAUGGAUUGAUUUUCAAGAAUCUCGAUCUUUCAAGUGAUUUGGAGAGUCAAGGAUUUAUGGAGUCCUCCUACGACCUAGUUGUGGUAUCUCAUGCUUUCCGCGACGCACUGGACCUCAAGCAGGCUGUGCGCAGAGUGCGGCGGCUGCUCAAAUCUGGCGGCCACUUUGUCAUAUUGAGUACCAUACCGCGUGUCGAUAGCCCUUUCGGCGAUUUGAUGGACAUAGUUCCAGAACUCUGGCGCCGCCCUACAGAGAAGCCUCCCGCCCUGCCUUCAAGUUGCGAAGAGUGGGACCAUGUGCUGCGAGAAACUGGUUUCUCUGGGAUCGAUUCUAGCAGCGAAGAUACAAAAGGCGUCAUUCAGUCUGUUGUAAUCGUCUCCCAGGCUAUGGACGACAAGGUUGCAUUCCUUCGCAGUCCUCUAACCCAGGUGGUUCCAAUUUCGGAGAAACUGGUACAGGAUCUUGUGAUCCUCGGCGGGCAUAGCUCCACGAUAACGCUGCUCACGAGACAAAUUUCAUCGGCGCUCAAAACAUUCUGCAGCAAGAUUCAGACUGCCGAAUCUUUCGACGAGUUUGUGAAGCUGAACAUCUCGCCCGGCACAGUCAUAGUGAACUUGCAGGGUUUAGAUGGCAGUAUCUUCAAGCAUCUAGAUGACAAGACAUGGCAUGCCAUGAAGAAGAUGACACUCCACACGGGUACCAUUAUCUGGGUCACUCAAGGGCGAUGUGCGAAGAAUCCUCUCGCAAAUAUGGCUGUGGGUUUGAUGCGUGCUGCCGCGCGAGAGAAUCCUGCUCUCGACUACGUCCUGCUGGAUUUCGAAGACGAUUCUGCUCUGAGCCACCGCAUCAUAGCAGAGACUCUUCUCAGGCACAAGGCAGCAUCCAGGUGGCGUCAUCAAGACGACCUUCACUUCACAACUGAGAAUGAGCUGGUCGUUGACAAGUCACAGCGACUGCUUGUACCCCGUCUGAUGCCGAGCCAAGAGAUGAACGACCGACACAAUUCUAAUGGCCGGAUGGUCCGAACCUCGGUGCGUGCUGACACGCAAGAAAUAAGCAUCUCCAUGCAAAAUUCCAAGUGGGAUCUCAGCUUGGACUCAUUCUGUUCUGGUCCUUGCGAGCGUGUCAACAGACUCCAGACGACCCACUCUGUCCUUUCGCCCAUCCGCGUUGCUGAGCUUUGCAGUAUGUUCCUGGUAUUUGGAAGAGAUGACUCAUCCUUCCGGGACGUGAUCACGUUGUCCCGAACUAAUGCAUCAUGCGUGACUGUUCAUCCGAGAUUGUCAGUCUCGGUUCAGCAGUCUCCAGGAUCUGAAGCUCGACUCUUGUGGCUCACUGCACACCGCUUACUUGCGAGUGUAAUCUUGAGUGAUCUAGUCGUGGGCGACGAAAUCCUAGUCCACGGAUGGAAAAAAGAGACUGCCUGGGUCCUGGCCGAGCGGGCGAGAGCACUGAACGUGAAGGCCAAUUUCACGACAACAGAUCCCGAUUGCUCGGAUACUGACGGUGUUGACUGGGUCUUGUUAUAUUCAGAUCCCCCCGCGUCAAGCCUCAAACUACUCACACGAAAUGACUUUUCGAAAUUCAUCGACGUGACGAGCCCCGGUGAACCUCGAAUGCUCGGUAACCGAAUCGCUUCAGCGCUGUCCACGCGCUGCAAGAAAGAGACCCAAGAGUCUCUGUUUGCAGAUAGUGCCUGUAACCCGAGAACAAACCGCAUGGACGACAUUCACAUACGCUUGAACGAAGCUGUGAAAUGGGCUUCUAACAUAUUGGAAGAGCCUGCUCAGACAGCAAGGACGCGUGAUCUCAUUCGUACCGUGGCUCUGGGAACCAUUCCUGCGGACAAUAGCCUUACAGAGCCACUGAAAAUCGUGGAAUGGGCUUCCAAUUCUGUUGUAUCUGCAAGAGCAUGCUCCGUCGACUCACUCAUAUCGUUCCCUGCCAACAAAACCUACUGGCUUGUGGGUCUCACCGGAGACGUAGGGCUGUCACUUUGUGAAUGGAUGAUGCAGCGUGGGGCUCGUUCUUUCGUCAUAAGCAGCCGUAGUCCGAAUAUCGAGGCAACUUGGCUGGACGAGAUGCUUGCAAAGGGGGUUGUAGUCAAAGUCUCUGAAUGCGACAUCACAAUUGAAUCUCAGGUCCAAGCCCUUUACGACGAGAUUUCCCAUACCAUGCCACCCAUUGCGGGCGUUGCACAGGGAGUGAUGAUACUAGAGGACACGUCUCUCGAAGACAUGACGAUUUCCCAGCUAUUGGCAGUAACGAGGCCCAAAGUGGAGGGCAGCAUUCACCUUGAUCAAAUCUUCUCGGACAAUGUGCUGGACUUUUUCAUCUUCUUCUCAUCUGUGUCGACCGUCGUUGGAAAUCACGGGCAGGCGAAUUACGCGGCAGCCAACGCGUUCAUGACCAGUCUCGCUGCGCAGCGUAGAGAACGGGGGCUCGCAGCGUCUGUAAUCGACAUCGGUCCUAUCGCUGGAAUCGGGUACAUCAGCCGGGCUUUUGGCGAUGGUAUGCUCGACAGGAUGACUAUGCGGACAUCGGGCUGGGCGAAAACUUCCGAGAGGGAUUUCCAUGAGCUCUUUGGAGAGGCGGUACUCGCAGGACGCCCUGGUUCGACAGGCCCGAUCGAGAUCGGCUCAGGUCUGCGAAGAGCUCGUCAGGGAGAAGAAGACCAUCCUGUUUGGCACGCUUGGCCGCGCAUGAGUCAUAUGGUUAUGGGUGGUGGGUCACCCAUUGAUCCAUCAGAGGGUAGUCAAAACGCGAAACUUUCUGUCAAGGAUCGAAUCUCGAAGGCUUCGGACGGUGAAGUAUACAAAAUCAUCUUCGAUGCUUUCAUUAAACAGCUCGGAUCCUACUUUCAGCUCGACACCAAGGAUGCCAGUAAAGAGGAGCUAGCCAGUAUGCGUCUCGAUCAGAUGGGUAUCGACUCGCUAUCGGCCAUGGAAAUCCGUGGUUGGUUCAUGAAGACUCUCGAGGUCAAUGUGCCCGUCCUGAAGAUACUUAACGGCAGCUCUAUCGGCGAACUCGUCACCAACGCGAACGAAAAUUUGCUGGAACGGCGCACUCAGACCCUUCAUGAGGGCUCUGAGGCUUCUGCGACCAGCCAGGAGCCCCUUGAGAGCGCAAGCAGCAACGCUGAUAUUAGUGGUGAUACUGAUGACGACUCGACCUCGGAACGGAACUUUCCCCACAAUCACGCUCGUCCCGGCUUAAUUAUGGUCAAAUCAGUACCCGUCUCAUUCACACAGGCAAGAUUCUACCCAUCUGGAAUAUUCCUUGAAGACCUAGUCGGUCUCAACCAUACCGCUUGGAUCAGGAUCACAGGGACCAUAGAUUUGAGAAAGCUGCGGCAAGCGGUGCUUUCACUGGGCAGACAGCAUGAAAUUCUGAGAACAGCCUUCUUUGACAAAGACGGCCAACAGAUGCAGCACAUAUUGAAUACCAGUUGUCUCUAUCUGGAGCAUCAACAGAUAGAGGAUGAAGAGGAGGUGAUAAGAAUCGCGAUGUCUAUCCAAAAAAGCCACGUAUAUAACGUCGCACGUGGAGAAACGAUGCGACUCAUUUUGCUGGAUUGUUCGAAAGGAGGCAAUUACCUCGUGCUUGGCGUACACCCCCUCGUCAUGGACGCAACAGGUAUCCAGGUUUUCCUUCGCUGGCUUGCAACCCACUACACCAACCCUCACUCUCAACCACGCCUGAAGCAGUUUGCCACGUCAUCCGAGCAGCGGCGCAGGGACUAUUCUGCAGGAAAGUUCAAGCCGGAGCUGGAGUAUUGGCGAAAGGAAUUCCCCGAGCCUCCUCCGGCACUCCCGCUCCUGACGUUGUCGAAAGUCCAGGAGCGGCCACGCCUGGAAGCCUAUGAGAAUAUCACAGCACACUGCAGGAUCGGGACGGCUACCAAGGCCCAGAUCGCCAGGGUCUGCCGGCAGUUUCGAACUACACCUUUCCAUUUCUAUUUCGCGGCCCUUCGCGCUUUACUUGUCCGGUACUGCGUCGGGGGUGACGAUGUCACCACUGCAGUGGCUGAGAAUGGCAGGGGCCGAGACGCCGAAGAGAUGGACGUCAUCGGGCCCCUCUACAAUCUUGUGCUUGUGCGCCUUCUGGCUGAUCUAUCGACCAAGUUCAAUAAUCUGCUAGAGGUGACGCGCGAUAAGACGUACGCCGGCUUGGCUAAUGGCAAUAUGCCUUUCAUCAAAGUCGUAGAAGAGUAUGUUCCAACCUGCGCCCCCGCCUCCUUUCCUCCUUUCCUCCUUUCCUCCUUUCCUCCUUUCCUCCUUUCCUCCUUUCCUCCUUUCCUCCUUUCCUCCUCCCCUCCUCCCCUCCUCCUCUCCUCCUUUCCCCCUUUCAUCCCUUUGCAAGAUGAAAAUGAUGGUUUGAACGUCCGGGACACCCCGCUGACACCCCUGGAUAGGCUUGGCCUUCAAAAUAGCGCAAAACAUACUCCGUUCUUCCAAGUCUUCGUAGAUUACAGAACUGGCCAGCGUGAGACAGUAGCUUUCGGCAAGGAGAACGAGUUGUCCUUCAUGGGGUUCGACCUGAACGUGCCAUACGACGUGUACCUUGACACGGUCGACAUUCCGGAUGGCGACUGUGCGCAAUGUUUAUUUGUGCGCAAGGACUUGUUUGACCAGGCGGCGGCGGACAGACUGGCUGAGAGCUACAAAUGCCUGAUCGAAGCUUUUGCAGCUGAUCCAGGCCUAUCGAUUGGGAUGGUCGAUCUUUGUGUGCCUAGAGAAGGUGAAUAG